GCUUCAUCGUUUGAAAAAUUCUGUGCUUGCUUAGGAGAUAAGCGCCAUUGUUGGGAGUUCGGCGCGAAGCGAUGAUUUAAUAUAAAAUAUCAUUUUUAAAGCUUUUAUUUUAUCGUGCAAAGGAGCAGAUUAUAUCAGGUACACGUUGCCCAAGUCAACAGAAGAUAUGGCGCAGCGUGUUCUUGUGACUGAUGGUUCUGCUGCAUCCAAACGGACCUCCAGAGUCCGCGUGGCGGUUCGUCUGAGGCCCUACAUGGACAAACAGGACGAGAAAGGAGAAGGGCCCUGUGUUCGAGGCCUGGGGCCACAGAAGCUGGAGAUUAUCAACUGGAGAAACGCCACUGAAACCCUUCAGUACCAGUUUGAUGCAUUUCAUUGUGAAAAGACGAGUCAGCAGGAAGUGUUUGUGUCUUCAGUAAAGCCCAUUCUUUCUCAUAUCCUUGGUGGUCAGAACGCCAGUGUCUUUGCUUAUGGACCCACUGGAGCAGGAAAAACGCACACAAUGCUUGGCAGUCAGGAACAGCCAGGAAUAAUUCCCAGAGCCGUCAGAGAGGUCUUCAAUCUGGUGGAAGCACAGGAGAAAGGACGGGAUUCUUGGGAAUACUCUGUUGGGAUGUCAUACCUGGAGAUCUACAAUGAAAAGGUGCUGGACCUGUUGUCUCCAGGUUCUCAGGAUCUGCCCAUCCGUGAAGACAAGGACAGAAAUAUUCUGAUUCCCGGACUAACGCACGUUCCCCUCUCGUCCUUCUCUGACUUUGACAGUCAUUUUAUUCCUGCGAGUUUAAAUCGGACCACGGCCUCCACUAAACUCAACCAGCGCUCCAGCCGCAGUCACGCUGUCCUCCUUAUAAAGGUUGUGAAGUCCCAGCGUGGGCCGCCACACAGACAACAGACAGGAAAGCUUUAUCUCAUCGACCUUGCUGGAUCAGAGGACAACCGGCGCACAGGAAAUCAGGGUAUUCGUCUGAAAGAGAGCGGAGCCAUUAAUCUGUCCCUGUUCACUCUCAGUAAGGUGGUGGAUGCCCUGAACGCAGGGGUGGGUGGACGUGUGCCCUACAGAGACAGUAAACUCACCCGUCUGCUCCAGGAUUCUCUGGGUGGCUCCGCGCAUUCGGUCAUGAUCACAAACAUCGCACCGGAGUACAGAUACUACUUUGACACCUUCUCCGCUCUUAACUUUGCUGCUAAGUCCAAGCAGAUUGUCAAUCGGCCCUUUGUCAGGGAAACCGUUUUGGCUCCUGCUAUCGCUUCUGUAAAGAGAGCUCGAGAUGAUCAGGAAGCUGGAGGUUCAGGUGAGCCUCAGCAUAAAAAGUCUAAAGAAGUGAAGAAGCCUGAGCAGAGCGUGUCUCCGGUCGCUCAUCCUCACAGUUCACCAGAUUCAUCAGUUCUGGACAGACUUAUAGCUCUGGAGAAGAUGAUGAUGGGUUCAGCUGAGAGAGAGAGACUCAAUCUGCUCAAAACUGUGGCUCAGUCUCGAAAAGAGAUUCAGAUGUUAAAGGAGAAACAAAAGGAACUAGAGAAUAAGGCCAACAUGUUUAAUAAGAAUGAAAUGCAUGAGGAGUCCAGAGAGGUGUCGCUCUUCAAAACCGAUCUGCCACCACUGCAAAGGAAGCAGUCCACAGCGGCACGACCUCGCAAACAACAGGCUGUGGUGACUCCUCUGCAGGUUUCUCAGGUUCAACCUUUACAGUGUGCUGUGUUGUGUAAACCCUCACAAACUCUGGACAAGAAGAAACGUCUUCAAACAGUGAUGGGUGAGGGGAAGGAGAAUGGAGGUACAGAUCCUCCUCAUACUGAAGAUGUGAACUGGGAGACUCGUCUGGAUUCAGAGAUACUGGAACGGUCCAGGACGAAAAUCCUACAGACCCUUAACUCCGGCUCUUUGAAAGAGCUCAAAAGCCUUCAGCUUAUAGGAGACAAGAAGGCCAAGCUGAUCAUGGGCUGGAGGGAGAUUAAUGGUGACUUCACACAGGUGGAUGACCUGAAGAAAAUUGAAGGCAUUACAGCAAAACGCUUCUCGUCUUUCAUAAAGGCUAAUAUUCUCAGUAGUCUGGGGAAGUGAGGUGUGGAUGGAUCUGCUGUCAUCAAAGAAGCAUUUGUACAGACUUUGUGUUUUUAUUUUUUUAUGCACAUUGUGUACAUUUAUUUUUUAUUCUAAGCUUUUGUGUAUACUUUGGUCUUGUUUUCAGUGUUUUCUUAUAUCUUUCCUGCAUACAUAUGCAACAUUUUCUUAAGUAUUUAACUCUCAUGUAUUUUUUAAGAGUUUUGCUUCAUUGGUCAUGUGGCACUGAAUAAAUGCUGUCAUGAUACUCCAAUGUGCUUCAGGUUUGAUUUUAUCAUGUUUGUAGAAUGUGUAGAAACUGUUUAGUUUCUAUACAUAAUUUUUCCUAAAAUCAUCAUAGUUAAAUCCAGAUUUGGCUAUGAGAUCAGGAAUAGUUUAAUGAUCCACUGUUUUAAGAAUGUUGCAUGCUAAUGGUAAAGAUUUUAAUUGAUAUGGCCAUUUCUCUCUUAUUAAAGACCUUCUUUGUGUUUUUGAA